AUGUUUUUGAGAGCAUUACACAGGGUAUCCAAAUCCCUUCAGAAACAAAAUACAAAUUUGCACAAUGCAUGCCAAAACUUAAAUGAAGACAAAACAAUUAUAGAAAACCUAAGAGAUAGCUAUGAAAAUAUACUGUUGGAGUGUAAAGAAUUAUGCUUUAGAUGGGGAAUUACUCCUAACUUUGAUGUUAAGAGGAGUAGACUUGCUCCACAAUAUUUUGAUGAAAUUGAUGGUGAUCGUCGCCUAAAUAUAACAGAUGAAAAUUUCAGGGCUAAAAUUUUUCUACCCGUGAUUGAUACAGUUAUAUUUCAACUAAAUUCACGGUUUCAAGGACUACAAGAAGUUACAGAGACUUUUGAUUUCUUAUUUCCUACAAUGUUAGCUAAAAUGGAUGAAAAUGAGAUCUCUAAGGCUUCAAUGGACUUUUUUUAUUUAUACAAUGAUGACAUUUCUUCAGAUUUUACCAGACAAUUAUUGUGUUUAAAAGGAUUAUUAAACACUAAUAUUCAAAAGAUUAAGGAUCUGGCUUUAUUUAUAGUUAAAAAUGAUUUUUGUACAACAUACUGUGAUGUAAUAACUGCAUGCAUAAUUUAUAUUUCAUUGCCUGUGCCAGUUGCAACGGCAGAAAGAUCUUUCGAAAUUGAAAUUAAUUAA